AUGCAUAUAUUGAUUGCUGUGCUCUUUAUGACUGUCGCUUGUGUCGACAGUUAUGACACUGGCCACGCCCAUUUGACAGUUGUAUUUGAUCCCGGUCUCAGUAAUGACCAGCUUACCCUGCCUACUGUCUCUGAGGCUCCUGAGAAGCGUAGCAUUGGCACUGAAGUCAUCGCUACCAUCAACGGCCAGAUGGUUUCCUGGAUCAAUGAGUGGCCCGGGCAGCACUCUUCCGUGUCCUCUGAUGCCGAACUCAGCGCGAAUCCAGGCUCGAGUGUCACUCCAGUCACGGUAGCGACCCACAAAGAGGAUGUCACCUCAUCCGUGAGUCUUGUCCCGUUUGCCUCCAGCUCGGCCUCUCCAAGCUUCAGCAACUGGGCCGACUACCCCUCUAGCGGUGAGUAUGUGAUCGAUGGAUUCGGCUCCUCGACCACUGGCAAGCGUGUCGGUUCUCAAGACUGGGACUAUAUCGGCAACGUUGGCAGCCCCUGGGGUAGCAACAUCAUUGAAAUCAGAGAAGACAAGGCUAGUCAGUAUAAGCACGUGAUCCGCUUUGAGAAUGAAAACUCCAAGGCGUGGUAUGUGGUGGUGUGGAAUUCAUAUGGUCCUAGUGGUGGUCUAAACGGUUUUUGGAGUCCCAACAAAGCUCUCAGCUUCAGCAUCAACCCGGGCCAAAGCAUCUUUGUCGCCAUCGACAAUAACUCGCAGGGUGGAUGGGGCGCCGCUGAAGGCGACGAACUGCCCGUCAACUACGUCGGCGAGUACGCCUCCACCUGGGGAGAGUUUGACAUGAGCAACUCCCAGAACGAUGGGUUCUCUGGCUGGGAUGUUUCAUGCAUUAUUGCCGAGCUUGCUAACAUGAACAUCGCCGGUAUGCAAAUUUGCAACCGCGAUGGUGGAAAGUGCUCUUCCAUUACCCAGGGUGCUGGGGCUGUUGUUCACGCCUACACAUCUGCUGACCAAGGCAAGAAUGAUAAGGCUGUUGCCCAAUCUGCUGGACCCGUUCGUCUGAUCGUUAAGCUGGGCUGGUCUGGCUAG